CUGGAUUUUAGCGAGUAGGUUUAUGGAGGGUCGUAAUGGUCUUUUAGCUUGUCAAGACUGUUCACUGCCCGCGUGGCUUGUGGAAGUAACCGCUAACGCGCUCUUCCUGGACUUUGAAAGGCCGGAGGAGAAGGGAAGAGAGGAGUCACCGGAGUUACCGGAGUCACCACCCUUGUUUGCCCUAAGAGGGGAACUGGUUAUGGUUCUCCUCUUGGAUUUGCAGGAUUUCCUUCUCCGUGCUCGAGUGCUGAAGCUGUACAGGCAGGCACUAAGAGUUACUGGAAGAGCCCCUGAACAUGCUAGAGCUGAAUUGAGACAGACUGUUAGACAAGAAAUGGAGAAUAACAGGAACUGCAAUGACAAACAGAGGAUCCGUUUUUUGAUCAGUGAAGGAUUGGCGAGAUUGAAAGGUCUGGAUGAAAUGCUUGAUAUGCAGGGUCAUUGAUGUUGGAGUGCAAGGACUUAUCCCUUAUCUUGAAGGACUGAAAAAAGCACUCUUUUUUUUUUUUCGUGUUAAUCAGCAAUGCAACAUAAAUGGAAGAAAAUUCACUUGUUUUUAGAUGCUUUUAAUGGUUGUAAUGGAAAGAAUCUGCUGCAGCCAUCUGAUUGAAACUUGGCUAAUUUCAUGUUUGUAGUUUUUCUUUGGUUUGUGAGAACCAAAAUGGUGUAAAAUCAUAGAAGUCAAGUGGAAUGCCGCAUUUUCGAGGCAGUUAUCAUUUGCACUGCCGAAGUAAAGUGAUGGCUCCAGGGGUUUUGGCUUGUAAAAUUGCUUGACUAUCACUUUAUUUUAUAAAUAAAUUUCAAUGAUAUCUUCAUUAAGUGCAGUU